CUUGGAGUACAGGUGUACCUACAGGAUACAGCAAUGGAAACCUGGUCAGUUGAGCAGGUCUGCAAUUGGUUGGUGGAGAAAAACUUAGGAGAGCUAGUUCAUAGGUUUCAAGAGGAAGAAGUCAGUGGGGCUGCUCUUCUAGCGCUUAAUGAUCGAAUGGUUCAGCAACUAGUAAAGAAAAUUGGGCACCAGGCUGUUCUAAUGGAUUUAAUUAAAAAAUAUAAGCAGAAGAGUCAAGAACUGAAGUCCCCGGGAAGCCCUCAAGAAGCAGCCCAGGUCCUGCAAAUGGAAGCAGCCCCAGAGGAUGACCAGUCCUCCAGUCCAGCCAGUCGUGGGGAGCAGGUGCCAUCUUCCCAUCCAGCUGAAAACCUUGAUCAUGGACUAAUUGACCAAAGAGUCCUGAAACAGAGAAGGAAUGUGAAGCAUGUCCUAGCAAGAAAUAAAGCAUUACAGUGGAUGAAGUCCUAUGUUUUACCAGAGUUUCCUUACGACAUCAAAUGCAUGUUAGCAGAACAGAAGUGUCCUGAUCACAGCAUGAGGAUAAGGAUCAUCGAGUUUCUCCAGGCUGACAUGACUAAGUAUCUGGAAGGCUCACUGUACCCCACCACCCAGCAGUACAACGACGUGGUCAGCGCCCUGCUGCAGGCCCACCCCUUCCUGGACGAGGACGGCGGUGGCUUUUUUUUAUGGAAACGAGCCCUCAAAGAUCGCUUUAAAUAUGUUCGAAGACCCAUAGAAGAUGAUGAACAAGUGCUGAGAAAUAAGUGUAAAUUUGGCCACCGAAGAGGCCAGACAAGAAAAUCUCUUGCUGAUGUAAGAUUUGAUGAAAUGAAAAUUGUCCAGAUAAAAGAGGAAGCUGUUUAUUUAGAUUCUGAGGUAGAUGAACAUAUUAACUGGUUCCAACAAGAAUAUGUGAAAACAGAAAAGGACUGGAGAGAAGUUGAUAGAAGGAUGAGCCAGACUUUGGAAAUAAGAAGAAAGCUGAUCAGCAGCAGAACACCUCUGAAGGACACUCUUCAGAUGUUUCCUUUCCUGAAGUGCCCUUAUCAGAUGUUCAGAGAAUUCCAGCUUCUCACAAGAACAGAUAUUUAUAAGAAAACAAGGCACAUUUUGGAAUCCUAUUCGGAAAAUAUACUGGCUUCUUUUUCUUUGGUGGACAAUCCAAUCAAUAUUGCAUUGCAAGAAAAAAUGAAACAGCACACAGAUGAAGACACGUUGAAACAUAUGAAGAUGACAGCCAUGUGUUUACUCCUACCAGAUGUUUUUGGGGAGGAUCCCAGCCUUUUUGUCAUUCUGAAUGAGAAGGUGCAAGUGUCCACACCUGUGUUAGAAGUUAAGAACCCUUUCAACAGGGAUGUCUGCGAAUUUUCUCUGUAUUUAGAAAAAGAGAGACUCACAAAGGUGGAUGACUGUGUUACAGCUUUGGCUUCUCUCAUAGCUGCCUUCCGUGUAUUUGGGAUCCAGUGUCCAAGAAGACUGUCCCAAACCCUCAACUUCCUAGACACACUGAUUUUUGAUGAGCAUAGUCCGUAUUUUCCUUCCAUGAAAGAAAAGGAAAAGGAAGUAGGAUUUCAAUACUCAGUCACUUAAUAGCAUGCUAGAUAUUUGAUCAGAAUUGAUCUCCUGGAUGGCUGAAACUAUAAAAAACUGUUUUGAUUUAGUAGAGGUAGAUAUUAGAAAAUCAACUUGUCUCGUAAGAUUCGAAUGAGUAUUAAUGCCUUCUAACUUUACCCUUCCAUACUUAAAUUCUUUGUGAAGUUCUGUAAUAUACUACUGCUUAAUUAAAGAGCUAUUUUGAGGUCUAA